AUGAUCUAUCAAAUGCUUGUCACGUUCCAGCGAUGGAUGGAAGGAGAACGCCAAAUUCCGUGGCUAGAAAACGGAGUAAUGAUAUUGUACGUUGUGACAAUACCGGAACUCUAUGAUGACAUCAGUGUUCCACAGUGGAACGCACCGGAACCAUCGCUCAAUAAAGUAAUCGGCAGAUAA